CCUCCUCCCGCAGGGGAGAGCGCUGGUUGGCGGAGAGAGGCCGCGACCACACAGCUGCGAGGGGAGGGGGGCGUGGGGGAGCCGUCGCGUUGGAGACGGCGGGAUCGGCGUUCUAAUCCCCCCUCCCUCCCCCCACAGUGGGGGAGCCCCCGCGCGGCGGUGAGAGGGGUCGGGGGUGCGUGCGGGUCCCCUCAGAGCGCCCGAGGCGGCCCCGCGGCCUGGGGGCUUCGCGGCACCGGCGCCGCCGCUCCCGGGGACAGUGACGCCGGUGGGAAAGGGCACCGCUCCCUCUGCCCUUUCCCCGGCCUUGGGUGAGGGGCAGUCCUGCAGCCCGAGGCUUCCAGCUGCUGCUGCAGGAGCUGGGAUGAAGUAGUUGAGUGAGGACCCCGCGCCUUAACAUAAAAAGGAAAGAGGCUGGAAUCGAUGGUCCUGUGCGCUUCCGGCUGUUCCCUAUGGCAGCCACGGACCCCCAGGUCCUGGCCUUGGCUGCUCAGAUCACUGAGAGCAGAGAACAGGACAUCCCCCUGCUGCUGCUGAAGUUAAAGGCCACUGCUCAUAGGAAUGGUUGAAACAAGUCAGGUCCUGUUCUAAAUUGGGAUGUAAUUAUAAGGAAGCUAUAUGUUUCCCAGUGGCUGUGGUUUUAUCUGACCUAGGAAAUUCAUACAAAUGGUUCAUAUCCCAGGAAUUUUAAGCAGUCCUUCCUUAGGAUGUGAAGAAUCAAAUAAAAUUAAGCAAGAUAUAUACGGUUAUGGUCUUACUCAGUACUGCUUGCUGGUCCUUAAGCAAGACCACUCUCAGCUGCAUGGAGCCUGGGCUACUGCUGCCCAGCUAGCAGAGAUACUAAGUCAUUGUUGUGUAGGGCUAGAGGUGAAAGAAGAUCCUGAGGAAUUUUACAGGAAGUUUCUUCCUUCAGUUAUAGACAGCCUGCUGGUUUUGGGAAAACGCUUGCAAGUACGAUUUAUCCGAGCAAUCAAGGAUAAAGAAAAACAAGACUUCUUACACUGGUUCCAAAUAGUAACUAAUGCCAUCUGCUGGCUGUUCGGUGGGCAUAUUCAACUAGCAGCAUGUGUACUACAAAAUGAUCGCUUCCUGCAGUUGUUAAUAACAGAUGAUGUUGAAACAGCAAUUGUAAUGAUGUCUGUGUUAAACAAUAUUUUGAGGAUCAAUAGUCCUGUCUUGCUUCAAGUUGAAGAAGAGACCCUUCACUCUGUUUUGGAUGAACUUGUUUAUAAGCUUUCCUCUACCACCAAUCCUGCUGUAGGAAGUGCUGCCACAAAACUGCUGUUGUUAAUGGCAAAAUCUUGCAAACAGCUUGUGCGGUUAUUCACGGCUCGCUACAAAGGAUUAAAAGGGCUUUUAAGUAAACAGUGGACAGGCAAAGGAUUUGACAGGGAGGUCAAUCAACUCUUGGACCUGCUGUAUUUGGAACAAUCCAGUGGAAAAGGAGAAAUGCAGAAGCAGCAUGAAGCAGCUUGUAUAAUCCAGGCAGCGUGGCAGGGAUUUCAGACAAGGAAAAGGCUGAAAAAGCUACCCCAAGCAGUGGUCACUUUACAGAGAAGCUUCAGAGCUAAAAGGGAACAGGAGCUGCAGCACUUAACAAAACAGAAGGAGGAUGAAGCUCUAAAACUGCAAAUGCAACUUCAGAGACAGAGGGCCAUGAGACUCUUCCAUGAACGGCAGCUGGCCUUACUGGAAGUUGUCCAUGCCAGUCAGGUGAAUAAAUACAUGCAGGAAAUGGAGGAGAAAUCAGCAUUAACUAUCCAGAGAUUCUGGCGAGGGUAUAGAGCAAGAAGAAUUUUUCAUCAGCAGAAACAAUCUCUUAAGGAGUAUAAGGCAGCUGUCAUCAUUCAAAGAGCAGCUUGCAAAUUCUUGGAGAAACGAAGGAGGAGAAGACCUCUCUCUCCUUGGAAAGAACCCAAGGGACUGACUGAUGAGCAGAGACUAGCUUUGCAGCAGAAGGUGGAUGACUACCUCAAAUUGCAUCCGGCUUCCCAAAUGUCAGAAGAAACGAGUAAAGAAUUGCAUAUGCAGGCUCAGGCAAAGCUGGCACAGUUCCUGCUGAGGAACAGGCUGGAUCAGAGAGCAGCGCAGCGGAGAGAGGCUUUGCUGGCUCAGGUCAACACCGAUGUGGAGCUGCUAAUGAAUGCUCCAGGUUUAGCAGAGACCACAGAAAAAGAUUUUGGUGCCUUUAUGAGUCGAUCAAUCCCUGUAGCUACCAAGGCAAGACAAGCCCACAACACUAUGCUAAAAUACACUCGUUGGCCAUGGUGGAAGAAGCUUGGAGACGAGUUUAUGGAGGAUGAUGUAAUUCCUGAUGAUGCUAUAAACACAGAACUGGAAACUCUCUUUAUUGGAGGAAGGAAAUCCUUUUAGGUAACAAGCAGAAGAAUUUCAUAUUCAACCAGACUCAUAUCUAGCACUAUGCACUCACUUGUGUAUGUUUUUAAGGAAGGAAAACAUUUGAAAAAGACUGAAAAAGACCAAGGCCUUAUUUUAGUCCAUUUUACUUAAUAAGAAUCCCUUCUUGUACAUCAAGAGUUGGAUCCUAUUGAUUGUGCUGUUGAAAAUAGGAUUUAGAUACUGUAAUUUUAAAUGAAGGUAUUUUGUAAUUUGUAUCUCUUUAAAAGUAAGUUCAUAACCUUUGGCUUUUCAGUUCUUAUUCACACUAGGAUGCAUAAAGAAUCUGGCCAUUGUAAAAGCCUGGGAUUUUAUAGCAAAACAUUUUAUCAGGUGAUGUGCUUUGAAAUAAAAAUGUGUCCAGAACAAA